CAGAGGCGAAGUGGUGCCGUCUUGCCAUAAACCCCAAGAAUACCAAUAUGGCGACUCACAACACUAACGUUGUUUUCAUAGACACCAGCCUCGAUACGCACCUAGCCCUCGUCGUUUCAGACCUCGACACUGUCUCCGACCUCAAAAAGAGUAUUCUGUCGGAACAUCCCUUGUGCUUUCCGAAAAUUGGGCAGAUUCUGAUUCAUGGGAUAAAGGUUAAGCGCAGGGGCUACUUUUACCACCUUUCGGAUUCCAUGCUUGUGAGAAGUGCCUUUAGUGCUGGUUGUUCCAACAAGAGCUGGUUUCUCAGUGUUGAUGCUGCUGUGUUGGGGGAGCGUGCUCAGAAUGAGCAUUUUGUUUAUCAUGGUUCUCCUAACCAUGUGGCCACUCUUGGUAUUGCAAAUAAUGCUUUGGUUGCUUCUCGUGAUGAUGCUAGGGGGUUUUCAUCCAAGAGGGUGUCAGCCUUCGUUGAUUCCGGGUUGAUGCAUUUGGAGAACAAAGCGAUUGAGAAUGGAGAAGUUCAUGUUGCUAGUCCUUGUGCUUCGGAAUAUUCUGGAAAAAGAGCUGUUGAAAAUUUGGAUACUGGUGUUAAAUCGACCGGUGAUAAUGACGCUGCAAUUGGAUUUCCUCGUUCUGUUUCUGAGGCUGAGGAGCAUUGCGUUUUACGCGACAUGGGAGGUUUAAAUGUUGAAUGUGAUGUAGAUGGACCUGUUAAAGGCAUUGAGGGCGAUCGUACUGUGUGUGAAAAAAAUCCUUUGUUAUCUGCGCCAAGUGUGAAGAGAAAACGAAAAAGUAUGAGGAAAAAAGAAGACACAGUGCAAAAUGAUGAUUCAAAAGACAAUGCGUCUUUUGUAGACGAUCCUCUUUGUUUCCCAUCCAAGAAAGUGUCCACUUUUGACAAUUCUCAGUUGCCGCAGUUGGAGAACAAACUAAUUGAGAAUGGAGAACUUCCUGUUGCUAGUCCAUCUGUUUCAGAACAUACUGGCAAAGGAGCUGUUGAAAAUUUGGGUACAGGUGUCAAAUUGUCUGGCAAUAAUGACGUUGCAAAUGCAUUUCCUCCUUCUGUUUCUGAGACAGAGAACCAUUGCAUUUUACACGAACAUCCGAGUUUAAAUAUUGAAGGUCAUGUAGAUGGAUCUGGUAAAGGCAUUAAGGACAAUCGUACUGUGUGUGAAGAAAAUCCUUUGAUAUCUGCGCCAAGUGUGAAGAGAAAACGAAAGAGUAAGAUGAAAAAAGAAGACACAGUGCAAAAUGAUGAUUCAAAAGACAAUGCGUCUUUUGUAGACGAUCCUCUUUGUUUCCCAUCCAAGAAAGUGUCCACUUUUGACAAUUCUCAGUUGCCGCAGUUGGAGAACAAACUAAUUGAGAAUGGAGAACUUCCUGUUGCUAGUCCAUCUGUUUCAGAACAUACUGGCAAAGGAGCUGUUGAAAAUUUGGAUACAGGUGUUAAAUUGUCUGGCAAUAAUGAUGUUGCUAAUGCAUUUCCUUCUUCUGUUUCUGAGACAGAUAACCAUUGCAUUGUACACGAACAUCCGAGUUUAAAUAUUGAAGGUCAUGUAGAUGGAUCUGGUAAAGGCAUUGAGGACAAUCGUACUGUGUGUGAAGAAAAUCCUUUGAUAUCUGCACCAAGUGUGAAGAGAAAACGAAAGACUAUGAGGAAAAAAGAAGACACAGUGCAAGAUGAUGAUUCAAAAGGCAAUGCUGCUUUUGUAGACAAUCCUCUUAGUUUUCCAUCCAAGAGGGUGUCCACUUUUGACAAGUCUCAGUUGCCACAAUUGGAGAACAAACUAAUUGAGAAUGGAGAACUUCCUGUUGCUAGUCCAUCUGUUUCAGAACAUACUGGCAAAGGCGCUGUUGAAAAUUUGGGUACAGGUGUUAAAUUGUCUGGCGAUAAUGACGUUGCAAAUGCAUUUCCUUCUUCUGUAUCAAAUGUGAAGAAAAGACAGAAAAGGAAAAGGAAAAAUGAAGACACAGUGCUAGGGGACGAUUCAAAAGAAAAUGAUACUUAUGUUGUUGGAUCUGGUAACAGUACAAUUCAGCAGGAUAUUGACGUCGUAGCAAACCCUUCAGAGCUUGCAGAUAAAGAAGUGAUUAGCAAAACUGAAGAUUUAAAGGAACAUCAGUACACUGAUUGCAACAAUAAUAACAUUAAGAAUGACAUUGAUGUAGCAGUGUCAAUUAAAGAGGCUUCAGAACCUGGACUUGCUACAAAUAAGAAGCAUAAGAGAAUGAAAAGGUCUUUGACUGUUGAAGCUCAUGAGGAAAGGAAAGAAUCAGAGGAUCUGUUUGAACAUAAGAACGAAAAAUCUAGGGAUAAUGAUGAAUAUAAGGACAAUAAGGCAACUGAAGACAUUUUACAUACUGACCCUCCUGCAAAGAAAAAGAAGGGCAAAGGCAAAAGUGGAGAAAAAAGUUUGUCCGAGGAAAAGUUGUUUAAUGAUUUAAAUGCAGACAAUGCUUCUAUCCAUGUUUUGGAGGAUAAACAGAAGAUUCAAAACAGCAAUGCUGGCCAAUCUGCUGAACAUUUUAAUGACACUGAUCUGCUUAAAACUAGUGUGCGGAGUAAGAGGAGGAAAGGGAAGAUGAACUCAUCAAAUCCUCCUGAAACACCUGUAGUUACUUCAUCUAGGAAAGAAGAAGAAGCAGAUCAUUCCGGCAUUCAAAGAGGCGUUCAGGAGGAAAUAUCUGAAGAUGGCCUAUUCUCUAAAGAUAUCAGUAUGAGCAAAACUACUAUAGACAACGUAGAGACUGGAACAGAUGCAUGCAAAGAAAGCAUUCAUUCUACAGAAAAAAGAACAGGAAAUUAUAAGAACCAUUCUGAUUUUGAAAUAAAAUCACAAACUUCUGAUGUGGACGAGCCUAUGGUGCUGACUAAGGAUAAGGAGAAUGCUGUCCUUGACCAAUGUCAUGAAAAUGAAGCUGGUCAGAUUGAGGGAGCUGAGGAGGGUAGAGUAGUAUCCCCACAAAAUGGUUCUGAACUAAUGCUUUUAGAUAACUCCACAUUAUUCAACCAGGACAACACUGAUGCAAACAUCGGAGAAUUAAAUGUGACUUCAAAAGUUGUCGAUGUCAAUGAAAUGACUGAACCUGUAAAAUCAGAGAAGGAAAAAAAAGGGAUGAGAAAGAAUAAGAAUUCCAGUGGACAGCCCACACCUAGAAAAGGCAUUAGCUUCACGGAUGCUUUUGCGAGUGAAACUGUUAUUAUGAAGUCUUGUAGUGAAACAAAUUGUGAUUCUAUGUCGGGAAAUAAGGAGACAGAGGAAAAUCCUUUAAAUCAGACAGAUGGGGAAAAAAUAAAGCAGGAGGAAAUGCAAGGGACUUCUGAUAAUGUGGAUGAUUUUAGUGCUGAGAAUGCUUGUUCCUUGGAACAAAUUAAAACUAAAUCUAAUGCUGAACAUAUGGCCAAGAGACAGAGAAAGAAAUCAAACAACAAACAGACUUCUACCUCAAAAAGCAUAUCAAAUAUGCUAACAGAUCAAGUUCUUGAUAGUAAGAAACCAUCAGAAUCUUCUGGCAAUGGAACACCUGCCAAACCUCCAGUUGCAGUGACAAAGAAAAGUAUGUCUACAAGCACAAACUUCACUAACAAAUCAGGCAAAACAAAUUUGGAACCAGCAAAAGACUCUGUUAGACGUGAACCUUCUGAUUCUCAAUUUAAUGUUGGGAGUAAAGAUUCCGAUUCUCGGUUUAAUUCUGUGAGUAAAGAUACUGUCCAACAAUUUUCAUCCGGAAAAGAACAAGAUGAAGCUAAUUUGGCAGAUGACAUGCUUGUUGACAAGAUGAAUGGAAAAGAUAGGACAGAUAUUGAGACAAUGGCCAGAAAGAACAUGCAUGGGCUUGAAGCAACAACCAGACAAACCCAUGCUGAGGAUUUAAGCUCCUCACAGAAGUUAUCAUCAAAGGAAGAGCUUAAUGUAAGGAUUCACCCUGGUAAGAAGGUACCAAAUGUACACAGAAUUGACAGAAAGGAUCGUGUCAAUGCUUCCGGGAAAAGCAUGGAUUUGGAGAAACGAAGAGAACUUUUUCCUGUAUCAAACUCAAAGCUGAAAGGUUCUAUAAAAGUGGUUCAAAAUAAAGCAGGAAAAGGUUCUGGAAAUAAUGUUAAUGGAGUUGUGAGUAAAACACAUCAGAAGAAGAGCUUGUUAGCUGGAGCAAUUUUCAAUUAUGAUAGUAGCAGCUCCUCCGAAGAUGAAGUUGAUGCCAGCACUAGAACUUCAACAGAUAAUCCACUGUUGUCUGAUUCUUCUGAUGAGGAUAGUAGUUCAGGGCUGGAUUCACCAACUGGUUCAUAUGGUGGGCAAAGUCCGGAAAAUGGUGGAAGAAGUUCCUUAAAAGCAAGCUUUUCAGGCACAAAAGGGAUGUCAAUUGAUCAGCUUCUUAGAAGCUCAAGCAGGUUUAAGAAGGCUAAGACAACAGCCUCUCAAUUGGAAGAGUCGCAAAGCCAGCCAGAAUUCAAUCCAGAGAGCCUCGCCGAGUAAUCACAUGUUUCAGCAAAACAAAGGAAAAAAGUACACUCACCACAACAGUGGUAUUUUUGUUCAUUUUUUUUUGUUCUUACAGAGCUCUCUCUUUGUUGACUUGUUACUCGAGGGUUUAAUGCUCGUUCUAACGCAAACAGGGCGCUAUUUUGCCGUGUAAGCGUGUUUAUCUAUCAUUGUUGGUGAUUUAGAACAAAGUGAUGCGUUACUGCGAUAUACAUAUAGUUAUAAAAAGGUGCAUUAAAGUUCUCUAGAAAUGUUUCAAGCCAAUGCCAAAUCAUUGCGUAGUAUGUCUGUAAUUUAUUAUGCGUUCCUCGACCGCAUAAUUUUUUUUAGGUUUAAUUAAUUAUUAUUGUCUCCAUAUUUUCCGCUUAUUUUUCUAUUUUCUUUUUUAUCUUGAAUUGAUAAAGCUACUUGUAGAGAUAAAAGAA